CACCACGCACCCCAUCACCACCUCUCCCCUCCACCCCGCUGCAUUAUUUUCACGAGCGCAGUCUGAUCGCGUGCACCGCUCGCACCGCUCCACCCCCUCACCCGCGCCCUUCGCCCCGCCAUGGGUCUUCCCAUCUGGCGCGAUCCCGACGAGAAAUGCGCCAGCAAUAGACCCAAACAGACCGACUUCUGGCCGCCGACUCUUGCGCGCUCAACCAUUCGCAGGCGGCCUUCGGUCCAUGGCCGCAGGGCGAAUCGCGCCAGCCUGCGCCGCGAGCCUUCAGGACUUCCGCCACGAUUCGAGCGAUCGCCUCCACCGUCUGUCGGCUUCAAUGGACUGCACGAUCCGCGACGCCGUGACGACCGACGUGUGCCGCCUAUCUCGAGCCUCCUCGAAGCUGCUGAGCAGAACUCCAGUCAAGCAAGAUCUGAGCCGCCUCCGCCCCCGGUGCCCGAGUCGCGCAACUACUGGGGAGGAGAUGCCAACCCGAAUACCGCGCGUCGUCGAUACAAUGAGUACAUGGAGAUUGGCGCCGAGCGCGAACGCCAACGGCGACGCCAGCUGCGCAUGCGACAGACCAUGCUGACGGGACGUCUGCGCGGAAACAGAGAACUACUCACAGUACAUGCCUCUGAAAGCACUGAAUCUGGCGAGGAGCGAAUCUCAUCGAGUCCUACCGCAGACCAAGACGGCUUUUCUCAGCCCAUCCACACCAUAGUGUUGGACCCAAAUGAACCAUUGCGCAUCUUGCGCUCCCCGGAGCCAAUACAUCGGAACGACACAGAAGAGGCACGUCGAAGUAAUCUUCCUACGCCACCUCUGGAAGCGUCGGGAGACGACAGCUUGUUCGUGCCAGAGUCAGACACCAUCACCGUCAACCGACCCUCGCUCCGCCGUGCGCACCCUCUCAGCCAUGCUUGGCGACCCGACUCGCCGGUCGAUGGACUUGGAGAUCGGAUUCGCAGCCCAACACCUGGCGAUGGCUGGGAGAUCAUACGGACAACCAUCACCCCAGACGAGUCCUUACCGAGUGCGGAGAGCAGCUUCGCCAGUGCUGCUGCCAGCAGAUCCUUCAACACCUCGAGCAGCAGCACACAAAUCACCGAUCCGGAGAGUGGAGACGAGAAUCAGGAGAAUUCUGGCGAGGGCUGUGAAGACAUCGAAGAGGAUGAGAUGGUUUCCACGGAAGCAGAAGCGAUCACCACAGAAGCAUUUGCCGAGGAUAUUUAUUUUCACGAGAUGCGCACUCCAGAAGGCCGUCAACGCAUAGCUCGUCAUCAGCGCAUACGCGACCGGGAUGGCAAUCGCUUUGCUUUGGCUACAGAACCAGCUCGUGUUGAUAUUGGCUUCCGGCUGAUCGAGGAGGCUCUGGAGUCGGAGGAAGGCAGGACACGUGUGCUGGCCACGCGACACCACUCUGAGGAAGACCGCAGGCACUUUCGUGACAUGCUUGAGACCACGAGGCGGGUGCGUGAGCGACAGCUGCGUGAAAGUCGUGACGGUCAAGAUCAAGAUGACACUGAACCCGCUGUUCGGCGGCAUUACAGUCAGGUCGUUCGCGACACUGUCAACGAGACGAGGAGCCAAGUCAAUGACUACUUUCGUCGCUUCACAGCAGAUACACUUGCAUCGGUGCAAAGCAACCAACGCAACCGCUCGCCUCCACCCCAAUACCAAGCACGGCCAGUGGAUGGUCCUCUCUCGGACGGUUACGACUCAGAUGACGCUGCCGCUGAAAUGCGCGCUCUUUAUACCAUCCAGCAGGCUGAUUCUACGCAGUCGGCACAGGUUUCGCAGGACGAACCUGAGGCUCACCCUGUUUCGCCGCCAGCUGCUCGUUCAGAGCGAGAGGUCUCUGAAGCACUUCUGACUGGCGAUGUUCAAGACCUGGAUUCGAUGCGCAGGAUUGUGGAACGACUCGCUGCACGAGACGAUGUGCCGGAAGAGUGGUGGAUGAGCAUGGGCCUCAAUCUGUCACGCUCCAGACCACGCGCGCCUCGUCGCUCGAACGGCAGGGUUGGCGACAACAGUGUUCCCGAGAGCAGGGUGCGCGCUGGCCGUGUCGGCAGAUCAACAGCAGAGCGCGGAAGUGCGAGGCUAUAGUGGAGUCUUCUCGAUGCAAGUGAGCAAGCUGUGCUAUGCAGGAGGCAAGCUAUCGAAGCCCGGCUGGAAAGUCUUGUCGCGAGAUCGGAGCUCUCCCAUGAGACCGCGGCGCGACAGACACUUACGAAUUAUGCUGAGGCCGUUGUGGAUCGAGCUUCCGAGCUUCUCGAGCAAUUCGCAGGAAUGCGACGCACGCGCAUGAGCCUUGCGUGGGCCUUGUACGAAUGCGUGCAAGAUACCGAGAGGGCUGAGGAGCGAGCUCAGCAAGCCUGGAGAGAAGUCGCCACGCGAGACGCCGAAAUUCAACAGCUCCGCGAUAAUCAAGACACGACUCAGGCAGCUGUAACGCUGGCUUCGAUGAGAUGCGCUGCAAGGGUUGCCACUGAGAGUGCUAGAGCCGAGUGGCCGGAGGGCGCGAGCAGUGUAUUACUAGGAUGAUGAUCGUUCUGACGAAAAGCUUACGAAUAAGCAUGGUACUGCUGAAGGAGGAAUG